AUGAGCACUAACCUACAGUUUGUUAGGCCAUCCAUUGCCAAGAAGAUUCAUGACCCAACUAUUGAGGAUGCAUAUCAGAUCAAACUCAAAUCAACAAAGAAACAUGUAUUUUUAGAUGUACCUAACAUACUGGACACUGCAGGACAGGAUAGAUUUACAGCAAUGAGGGAACAAUACAUGAGAGGAGGUGAAGGAUUCCUACUUGUCUAUUCUGUCAUUGAUAGAAGAAGUUUGGAAAUGCGAAGAUAUAGAGACACAGUUAACAGAGUUAGGAAUUAUGACAAAGUUCCUAUUGUUUUAGUUGGAAACAAGUGUGACUUAGAGAGCAGAAGACAGGGAGAGCUCCAGGCAUUGAUUGCAUUAUUUGUUGCAUCAUUUGAGGAUUUUGCAUCAUUUGUAACAUCAUCUGACGCAUUUGAGGGUUCUGCAUAA